CCCCCGCCACGUGACGGCCGCGCGGUGGGGUUCCACCGGACGCCGCGCCGCCGCCGCAGAGGCGGGUGAAGGGCCGGCGGCCUCGCCGCGGAGUGCGCGGGCCGAGGGAGCGGGUCGUGGGGACGCGCCUCAUGGGGGCGGCGCCGGCGGGCGCCUGAGAGCAGCGGGGCCAGCGGAGCGGGCCGCCUCGCGCAUCCUUCGAGCCGCCUCGCGCCGGCGGCAACGGCGGCGGCACCGGCACCGGCACUGAAAUCGGCACCGGCGGCGGCGGGCCGCGAAACCGGCGCGGCCAUGGCGACCGGCUCUCAGCAGAAGGAGAACACGCUGCUCCACCUCUUCGCCGGCGGGUGCGGGGGCACGGUUGGUGCUAUUUUCACUUGUCCACUCGAAGUCAUUAAGACAAGGCUGCAGUCUUCGAAGUUAGCGCUGCGGACAGUCUAUUACCCUCAGGUUCACCUGGGGGCCAUUGAUGGCGCUGGAGUGGUGAGACCAACGUCGGUGACGCCUGGACUUCUCCAGGUUCUGAAGUCAAUCUUGGAGAAGGAGGGACCAAAGUCACUUUUCAGAGGCUUGGGUCCAAAUUUGGUUGGAGUUGCACCGUCAAGGGCUGUGUACUUUGCAUGCUACUCCAAAGCCAAAGAGCAGUUCAAUGGCAUUUUCGUGCCUAACAGCAAUAUUGUACACAUUUUCUCAGCUGGCUCUGCAGCUUUUAUCACAAAUUCCCUAAUGAAUCCUAUAUGGAUGGUUAAAACCCGGAUGCAGCUAGAACGGAAGGUGCGCGGCUGUAAGCAGAUGAACACGCUCCAGUGUGCGCGCCACGUCUACCAGACGGAAGGCGUUCGCGGCUUCUACCGGGGAUUAACGGCCUCGUACGCGGGGAUCUCAGAAACUGUCAUCUGCUUCGCUAUUUAUGAAAGCCUGAAGAAGUACCUGAAGGACGCCCCGUUCACCCCCGCUGCAAACGGGACUGAGAAGAAUUCCGCAAGCUUUUUUGGACUUAUGGCAGCUGCUGCUGUGUCGAAGGGCUGUGCCUCUUGCAUCGCCUAUCCACACGAAGUGAUAAGGACGCGGCUGCGGGAGGAAGGCACCAAGUACAAGUCCUUUGUCCAGACCGCUCGGCUGGUCCUCCGGGAAGAGGGCUACCUCGCCUUCUAUCGAGGACUCUUUGCCCAGCUCAUCCGGCAGAUCCCCAACACGGCCAUUGUGCUGUCCACCUAUGAGCUGAUUGUGUACCUAUUGGAAGACAGUCCUCAGUGACAGGCCGAACAUUGUGCACCGGAAGAAUAAAACUGCAAAACUCGAUAAAGAUUUUUUUUUCCCAUUGAUGUUUAGAAAGUACGAGGCCGAUACAGGAAAGGCCAUAAAAUAUGUGGCUCGGUCACCUGUUGGACAUUUCCUUUUGGAUCCAUGUUUUCUGGAAGGUUGAAAUUCAUUAACGUUAAUAGUUAAUUUUAACUUUUGUUGUGUUUUUUUUUUUUUUUUAAUUUAAGAGGAUUCAGGAUUCAGCAGCAAGUAAAUUAAAUCAUGCUAUUUAAUUUAAGUAUAAA